AUGGUGGUUCAAAGUAUCGCAGAUCAACAUCGUAUAAAUGGAAACGAUGCAAUCAAGAAUAAAGAUUAUAUUAAAGCUUGGGAGGAAUAUACAAAAGGGUUAAAGAUUACUCCAAAAGAUCCUGUAUUAUGGUCAAAUCGUUCUUUUGCAUGCUUAAAAGCUGGAUUUCCUGAACUUGCUUUAAUGGAUGCUUAUAGAGUUAUUACUUUAUGUGAUCAAGAUACUAUAAAGGAUAAUGAAUCAUUAAGAACAGUUUAUCAAAAAGGUUAUUUUCGUUAUGCUGAAUCUUUGGAUGCGUUAGGUUUACCACGUUUAGCUGAAAUAGCUUUUAAUAUUAUAGUAAAUGAUAAAUUAAUUAAAGAUAUUGAUCGAAAAAAAGCAAUGGAUCGUAAAUUUAAAUUAUCUAAAACUAAUUUGGAUCAAACUCGUCACAUGGCUAAAGAAGGUCAAAAAGGUUCUGGAAAUUUUAAAUUUUUAAUCACUGAAGAGGAUGUUGGAUUUUAUAAAUUUGAUGGAAAAUAUCCUUGGGAUAUUAGACCUGAUGAUCGUAUUAAAGAAUCAAAUUUAUUAAAAAUUCAACAUAAACUUGAUUUAAUUAGUGAUAAUAAAUUAAAAUUGGAUUUUGUCAAAUUUUCAAGUGAUGAUGAAAAUCCAUUAAUUCAAUUGGGUGUUAUAUCUAAAGUUGAUUUUAAAAAUGAAGAUAUUAUUAUGGAAGAAAAUCCUUUCUUAACUAUUCAUAAUCAUUAUAAUCUUAGAUGUGAUUAUUGUUUUCAUUUACUUGAUAAAAAAUCUUCAAAUAAUAAUGUUGAAUAUCCUAUUGUAUAUCCUUGUCCUAAUCUUUCAUGUGAAGAAUCUUUUUGUAAUGAAAGAUGUUAUAAUUUGGCAAAAGAUCUUUAUCACGAUGAAAUUUGUGGUAAAAUUAUUGAUGAUUUAAUUGAUUUUAUUCAAAGAAAAAGAGGUGAUGUAAGGAAUAAUAAUAUUUUAUUUAUAUUGAAAUUAUUUGCUAUAGCGAAAAAAAGAAAUAUUUGUCCUUUAGAUAUUGAAGAAAUUAAUCAUCUUACAAGAUAUCAUUCAACUCCUCAUAAUUUAGAAAAUCAUGAUUUAUGGGAUGCGGAUUUUGAAAAAAUUUAUUUGGAAAUUUUAAAAAUCUUGGAUAUUUCAAUUUAUGAUUUAAAUUUUGAUUUUUGGAUUUUUAUUACAUUAAUUACUACUCUUGCUACAAAUACUUUUGGUGGUCCUGCUAUUGAUUCAAGUGUAUAUGAUACGGCUGCUAUUUUUCCUUUAAUUUCUUUAUUUAAUCAUAAUUGUAAAAAUAAUAUUGAAGGUCAAUUAUUUUUACAAGAAUGGCCAAAAUCUAUUCAAGAUCCUAUACCAGCAGUUUAUAAAGUAUUACGUAAAACUUUACGUUCUAUAAAUUGUCAUUCUUAUAGAAUGACUAUAAUUGCCAAUGAUGAUAUUAAAAAAGGUGAUCAACUUUGUUUAACUUAUUGUAAUCCUGAUUAUAAUAAAAAUGCACGUCAUAGGCAAUUAUUAAGAACUUAUGGAUUUAUUUGUUAUUGUGAUCGUUGUAAAGGUGAAUCUGGUGGAUAUAACCCUUUACCUAUUGCUUGGUGUUUAUAUUUUCCGGAUGAUGAACGUGGUAAAGAUUUGUUGGAUAGAUAA